UCCAUCCAUUAAAAAGGCUACCUAUAAUUUAAGUGUUGGUUGUUGUUGAUGACUACCCAGUUCUGCAAGAUCAAGACAGAGAGCUAUGACCUAUUUCCAUAGUCUUAAAGCACAAAUUAAUUAAGCAUCAAAUUCUCACCUUUGUUGGUUCAGGUCGCACAUGUCUAAUCCUCCUCAAGUAACGUCUCACGUUCAUGAAUAGGAAAAACAAAUACCACUAGCCACUGGGAGAGCUACCCCCACCAUGAUAUAAUGUUCUCGGCUCGAUCAGGUCGUCUUUCAUGGAAAACACCUAGCAACUUGGUUUUCUUAUAGUCAUUGCUCAAGAGAAAAGACUAAUGCAAGAAAUAAGAAGAACAAACCAAUCCAAUAGCAGAAAUCACUCUGAUACAGAACCAGAGAUGUAGAAUGAUACAAUGGCUAACAGUUAAUCUUAACCGUUGGAUCAUUCAUCAACGGUUAAAAUUAGCUUUGUUCACUUCACUAUAUAUACUAGGUCAAACUUCACUUGCAAAACAAACCAUCAAUGGCUGCAAGCAGGGUAUGCAGUGUCCCUACCCUGUUCGUUUCUUCUACUCAUACUCCCUCCGCAGACAGAAAGUUUCAAUCUUUUCGCUCCAUCCGCUUCAACCCUCCUUCCAUCAGAGUCUCCAGGUCAAGAUUUUCUUGUGCUGCAGUGGUGGUACCAAGGCUAGUUAGAGUGCAUGGGUUGGUGGGUGAUGAAUCUGUGGAUGCCCCUGAACCUGAAUCAGACAAUUCUGAAAGGGGUGCUACCAUUGACUUAAAUCUUCCAAGAAGAAGUUUGCUUGUACAAUUUACAUGUAACUCGUGUGGUGAAAGAACAGAGCGGCUUGUAAACCGAUUAGCUUUUGAAAGGGGUGCCAUUUUUGUGCAGUGUGCAGGAUGUCUACAGCAUCACAAAUUAGUUGACAAUCUUGGACUUAUAACGGAGUACGACUUUCGGGAGAAGACGAACGUGGACUCAGAAAUUGAUCAAGUUUGAUGUGAUCACUCAUAACUGUAGACAUUUUGUUGAAUUUCCUGAUUAUUUCGAUAAUUAAAAAAAUUCAUAUCCUUUAAUAUUUC